UCUUUGAGCAUAACAUGGUCGAUACAGGCUGGAUACAGUACCUACAGGCAAUAGAAUAUUUUUAAAAAUAAAACUAUAUUUUUGACAUUUUAAGUGUUGCCAUUUAAAAUGCGUUUCUUGACGGUGUUGCUAGUGUUUUUAUAUGUGGUGUUCUGUGAAGGGUCUGAGGAUGCUGUCGAGGAGAGAGGGAAGAAGAAAAAGAUUGGAUUAUUUAUAUACUUCGUGGACCUGGUGAUCAAGAAAGUCUUUAUCCUCAAGCUGAUAUAUGCCUUCGCGUUCUGGUUACUCCUCCACAAAGCUGGUUACCUCUUCGGCUGGUUCCUCAGCUACAUCAAGGAGAAACCAACGUACCAUGGUCAUCACGACCACCACACGGAGUAUAUAGAGACCCCACAUUACACAGAGUAUGGGCCCCCAGGACCUUAUAGACGGGGAAGUCAGAAGCCAUACAAUCCUUAUUCUAGCCCUAGUCGAAAAGUGAAUCCUUAUUAGUUUUUGAAAUUUAUGUUAAAAAAGCUUUUUUUGAUAAAAAGUAAAUCUACUUUCAAAACAGAGGAUAAUGAAAUCACUAGAUGAAUAUUGAGAAAGAAUGUUUGUAAAUACGAAUUAAUUUAUUUAUAGUUUUUAAUUAUUAUGGAGAUAUCGUGUGACUGUUUGAAUGAAUUGUUGAUUGUGUAUUGUAAGUAGAUAAUUAAUUAAAUUAUUUAAUUUAUUG